AUGGCACAACAAAAUCCCACCGGCGUUCCUGGCCCAGCCGGACGCAGAUUGCAUAUUGCUCAUCGCCGCAGUCCAUCCGAGCUCACCCCGCUCAUGAUGGAACAACUGGCCCUUCAGCAGCAGAUUGAAAUGCUACAACAGCAACAGCAGCAGAUCGCUGCCACUCACCAGCAGUAUGUGAACAUGGGCAUGAUACAGCAGCCACUACAAAAUAUGCCUGGCUACUCGCCACUUCAAGGCCAGUCAAAUAUGGCGGGCAUGUCGCCCAACAACAGCAAUUUUCAAUUCCCCCAAAUGCAACAGCAAAUGGGAAUGCCGUCAAACCCCCCAACGCAGCCCGCUGCCCAUCGCAGAAAUCAGUCCGCACUUCCGGGGAUGGCCAUGGGUCCACCUCCAGCACCCUCAUCCGGCACUGCUGGCGCAUCGUACGGUGAUUUUAACCAGCAAGCUAUGAAUCAAAAUCGAGAAAAUGCAGCUGGUCGUGGAAGAGGUGGCGGAUCACAAGGUCAUACCCGACGUCACUCUCUGGCGCUUCCGGAGGCAAAGAAGGCGGCUGAAUUGGCAGAGAAGAAGAGAACUGCUGCCGGUUUCCAAUUCCCUAUUCCGGGCGCAGGUGGUGUAACCGACAGUCCGGUAGCAUCCACUCCUUCAGACGACAAACAGUCUACACCCACGACUGGCCACGGCCUAGGCUUGCAGCGUGCUGGUAACGCGCGGGUCACCGGUCACAGCCGCAGUCAGAGUUUGGCUGCCGGUAGUGCGAGAGGAGGUGGUGCUGCUGGCCGUGGCGGUUUCCAAUUUCCUCCACCAAUGCCUACCAAUGACGGUGGUGCCACUCAGGCAAAUCAGUCCGACCUUCAGCGUCGCGGCAGCCAGAGUGGCCACGGACGUACAGGAUCUCGAAACUUCGAUGGAAACUGGCGUCAGCAGAACAACCAGCCGAGUGAGCAGAGUCAGCAGCAGAUGGGACAGUUCAGUCAACCCCAGGGCAUGAAUACUCAUGCCGGAGGCUUCCAGCCUGGUCAUAGAGCAGGCCGAGGCUCCAUUAAUCAGUCAGUCGGGUCCAUGAGUGGGUUCCAAUACCCGGGACAGCCACAGCUCAUGCAACUUCCGCAGGGCCAGAUGAUGAUGGCGCCUCAGAUGUUUGCUGGUCAGCAACUGAACGCUCUUCAAAUCGCACAGUUGCAAGCAAUGCAGAAUGCUCAGCUUGGUGGACUUCAUGCAAGCCAGCAUGCUCCACCAAUGGGCUUGCAACAGCAACAACAGCGCAAAACUCUCUUCACUCCCUACCUGCCUCAAGCAAGUCUCCCAGCCUUGCUCAAUGAUGGGCAACUCGUUGCUGGUAUUCUGCGCGUCAACAAGAAGAACCGUUCUGAUGCGUACGUCACCACCAGCGAUCUUGAUGCUGAUAUCUUCAUUUGUGGUAGCAAAGACCGCAAUCGUGCUCUAGAGGGUGAUCUCGUGGCUAUCGAGCUCCUCGAUGUUGAUGAAGUCUGGGGUCAAAAACGAGAGAAGGAGGAAAAGAAGAAGCGCAAGGAUAUAACGGAUACUCGCUCUUCAAGCAACACCCAGAAUGGCAAGAAUGAUACCUCGUCAGCAGAGACUCAGUCAAUCGCUCCAGAUGGUAGCAUUCGGCGACGUGGUAGUCUGCGACAACGCCCGACACAAAAGAAGAACGACGAUGUCGAGGUUGAAGGUCAAAGUCUUCUGCUGAUGGAGGAGGAGGAGAUCAGUGACGAGCAGAAGCCACUUUAUGCAGGCCAUGUCGUCGCUGUCAUAGAACGGGUCGCAGGACAGAUGUUUUCUGGUACUCUUGGUCUUCUCCGACCAAGCAGUCAAGCAACCAAAGAGAAGCAGGAGGCUGAAAGACAGGCACGUGAUGGUAGUCACAACCGUUCCGAGUCGCGCCAGCAGGAAAAGCCUAAGAUUGUUUGGUUCAAACCUACGGACAAACGUGUUCCUCUCAUCGCUAUUCCUACCGAACAGGCGCCCAGAGAUUUUGUUGACAAGCACAUGGAUUACGCCAACAGAAUCUUCGUUGCCUGCAUCAAACGAUGGCCGAUCACGUCUCUACACCCAUUUGGCACUCUCGUUGAACAGCUGGGCGAGAUGGGAGAUCUGCGCGUUGAGACUGAUGCACUCUUGCGCGAUAACAACUUUGGUGCUGAUGAGUUCUCCGACGCUGUGCUCAAGAGCGUUGGCUGGGAAGAUUGGUCUCUCAAGACCGAGAGUGAAGAAACUCUGUCUGAAAGACUGGACCUGACCAACGAGCGCACUUUCACUAUCGAUCCGAUGCACUCUAGUGAGCUUGAUGAUGCUCUUCAUAUCAAGAAGCUCGACAAUGGCUUGGUAGAGAUCGGUGUUCACGUUGCCGACAUUGCUCACUUCGUCAAAGCAAACUCUCUUGUGGACCGAGAGGCAAAGAAACGAGGGACUGGCGUCUACUUGAUGACUCGCUCUGUCAACAUGCUCCCACCCAAACUUUCUUCCGAAGUAUGCUCGCUUCUCCCAGGUCAAGGGCGCCUCACUGUCAGUGUUAUCUUCAAAGUUCAUCCUGAUACUGGUAAGGUUGAGGGAGAGCCCUGGAUUGGAAAGACAAUCAUUCAAAGCUCUGGCAAGCUCGCAUAUGACGAGGUUGACGCUGUGAUCAAGGGAAGCGAAAACAUCGACCUGCAAGGUGCUACGGUUGCGGACAUCAAGACACUCCACGGCAUUGCCAACAAGUUCCGUGAAGCUCGAUUUGGUCAUCGCUCUGCUGAUAUAGCCCCACUGCGGCUUCUCUAUCAGCUCGAUGACGAGAAUGUGCCUGUUGAACAAAACAUCUUCAAUUCCUCUGCUGCGCAUGAGAUCAUGGAAGAGAUCAGCUGCAAGGCCAACUUCUUUGUCGCCCAGAAAGUCUACACAGCUAUGCCAGAUAAAGCCUUCCUUCGACGACAAGCUCCUCCCAAUCCUCGACGUCUUUUGACCUUUGCCGAUCGCAUGACCAGGGCUGGAUAUGAAAUCGAUACCAGCAGUAGUGGAACCCUCCAAAAUAGUUUGUUCCAGGUCCAAGAUGCCGAUCUUCGCAAGGGCAUGGAGACACUUCUCGUGAAAACAUUGCAACGCGCCAAGUACUACCUUGGCAAUCAGCUCUCAGAGGAGCAGCGCCAACACUACGCUCUCAAUCUGCCAAUCUACGCUCACUUCACCAACCCAUCUCGUCGGUAUGCAGACAUUGUCAUACACCGUCAACUUGAAGCCGCUCUUUCGAAUGGGGCCGUCGAAUUUUCUGAAGACCUCGAAAGUUUAGCCAAGACUGCCGAACAGUGCAACAACAAGAAAGACUCCGCGCAUUCUGCCCAAGAGCAAAGCGUCCACAUUGAGUCAUGCCGACUGAUGGACAAGAAGAGCAAAGAGAUGGGUGGCGACCUUAUCAGCGACGGCAUCGUUAUCUGCGUCUACGAAUCGGCUUUUGAUGUCCUCAUUCCCGAGUACGGCUUUGAGAAACGUGUACAUUGCGACCAGCUGCCAUUGAAGAAAGCUGAGUUCCGCAAGGAAGAACGAGUGCUCGAGCUGUACUGGGAGAAGGGUGUACCGUCGUCAGCAUAUGUCCCUGAGGAUGAGAGACCUCGCGCUAAUGCUAGUACCAAAGCCAAUGGUGCAUCAGAAGCAGCCAAGGAGCGUGCCCGGGAACGAUUCGAAGCUCAACGCAAACAGACUGAUAGCAACACUAUGUCAACAGAUGAUGUUGAUGCUCUCUUUGACGACGAAGACUCUGCUUCUGAAAUUAAUGAGAUGACAUCUGGCGUUUCUUUGAACGAGCGCUCGAGUCAGAGUGUACCGGUGUCUCCUGGCCGAAACGGUACUUCUGUCCACGGACCGGCUAGGACACAGUCCGAUUCGAGAAUCAGGAAACAUGCUGGUGACAUCCCCGAGAGUCAUCUUCUGAAGAAGGAGAAGUACGAGAGCUACUUUUCGCUUCGCGAAGAGGGCGGUGAGUACAUUCAAGAUGUCAGAGAGAUGACUCGGGUGCCGGUCAUUUUGAAGACCGACAUGACGAAGAGUCCACCGUAA